GAGGUUUGCAUGUGACUGCUUCCAGUCUGCCUUGCUUUUAUAACUUCUAGAAAAAGAGCCACUGAGUUUGUGGAGUCUAAUUUUCAUCGUCUGUGACAUGCAACUGCUGAAAGUUCAGAAUGUUAAUUUGUUGUAUUUUGGAUCUCUCUGAUUUUAAAUAGUAACUGGGUUGGUUAGUUGGUGUGAAUCGCUCAAUCACCUGCUUCAUGCCAACAUCUGAAGGCUGCACUAGCUGAGUAACAGAAGUGUUUACUCCAAAUCCCAGCACUGGCUCUCUGACUGCUGGACAUAAGGAAAUGUGGACAGUUUCACACUGACAUUAGGAUUUAAUGUAGUAUUUAAUUUGCAGGUUUGAUUUACCCUCAACUGUGUAAUAAGACACUCUUUCUGUGACAUUUAGAUCUGUGACACUGAAGGCUGGUGUCAGGUGACACUUCUUUUCCUAGGUAAAACAGGACUCUUAUGUUAUUAUAGUUGUAGAGUCCAAUGUGAAGGCUUGUUUUAUGUGUUCAUCCAACACUGGAGAACAGAGCUACUUUUUAUUUGCCAAGAAAAUGUAUCCAAAUAGGGUUGUACGGUGGCUUAGGGGUUAGCAUGUUCCCCUCACACCUCCAGGGUCUGGGGUUUGAUUCCCACAUGGGCCAUGUGUGUGUGGAGUUUGCAUGUUCUCCCUGUGCUGUGAGGUUCCCCACAUGCAUGGUAGGCUGAUUGGCAUGUCCAAAGUGUCCGUAGUGUAUGAAUGGAUGAGUGAGUGUGUAUGUGAUUGUGUCCUGUGAUGGAUUGGCACCCUGUCGAGGGUGUACCCUGCUUUGUGCUCCAUGUUCCCUGGGAUAGCCUCCAGGUUCCCCAUGACCCUGAAGAAGGAGUAAGUGGUAGAAGAUGGAUGGAUGUAUUCAAAUAGUCACAAUGCGCUUCUUUUACAUUGUAAGGUGUGUAAGAAUUUAGUCCUGACCUGUUGCUGUCCUUAUAUACAUUAAUACCUUAUAUACCUUAAAUACAUCAUGUAGACCUUCCUUUAUGAUUAUAAUACUCUGUAGUAGAAGAAGAGGCAGUGAUGAUUUUAUAAAGCAGCCAUGAUAAUAUCGUGUAUGCUGAAUGUUGGAUCUGAUUAUUGACACAUGGCUGUUCCUCACUAAAGGCAACCUGAUGAACUCCUUCACCUCCUUUCUGUGCUGAAAUUUGAGGAGGAUGGGUCAGUGUUUGGUUUUGUUUAAAUAAGCAGUCUGGAGUCUAAGGUAAAGUUAAAGUAAAAUGGAAAUCAGUCUGCGUCACCCAUGUUGUAAUUUCUCCAUACUAAGAAGAGGACAGGUGAAGUAAGCAGAUUUGUAGAGAGUUGUGUACAAGCAGUGAAGAUCUAAAACGGAGCUACUGAAGAAACACCAGCCUUCAGAGUUUCAUAUUACAGAUUGUGAUUGUUUUUCUGACUCCUCAGCUGUCCGUCCAUCAUGAAGCUGAAUCUGUUUCUCCUGUUUCUCACUGCAGGUCUGGUCCCAGUCACUGUAUCCGUCCUGAGAACCGUCCCUCACAAUUAUAACCUGAUGAUGACACUGGUGACCUGGCCUGUUGCACAGAAUUACUGCAGAGUGAUGUACACUGACCUGGCAACCAUCCUGAGUGAUACUGAUUGGCUACGAUUUGAGAAAGAAAGAGCAAGCAAAGGUCUGGCAACAUCUGCCUGGGUCGGAUUGUACAGUGAUCUCAAUAGCUGGCGCUGGUCCUUAAACGAUCUCCCACUGAAUGUCAGUUAUACCUAUUGGUACCCUGGACAGCCUGAUAAUUACGGUGGAAAACAAACAUGUGGUUUAGCAGUUUCAUAUGGUAAAUGGUGGGAUGACCAAUGUACAAGACUACUGCCCUUCAUAUGCUACAAUGCUAAUUUCAGUGGUGCUGCCAGGUUCAUCGGCAUCAGAAGUCCUUAUAUGACCUGGCCUCAAGCUCAAACUUACUGCCGAACACAUCACACAGACUUGGCCAGCUCUCUGAACAGUUCUGACAGCGACAUAUUAUGGCAGGUGAGGGAUAGACAGGGUGAUUCCUGGAUUGGGCUUUACAGAAACGCUUGGAAGUGGUCAGACGGGACCAACGCUUCAAACAUCCCAUGGGCUCCUGGACAACCUGACAAUUAUGGGGGCCGUGAGAACUGUGCAGUGGUUAAUAACGGACUGUUUCACGAUGUACAAUGCGCCUACCUGUACUCUUUCUUCUGUCACACCAUUUACCCAGCGAGGAGUCAGAUAAUGAGACUGCAGGUGAAGUCUGAUGGGAGUGUGUUUGAUCCUGCUGUGCAGUCGUCCAUUUUAGAUCAGAUCAAACAGAAACUGGAGGAAAAAGGCAUGUUGGAGAACACCACAGUGACCUGGAAGGUGCAGCCAGAUGGAAACAUCUUCCACAAGAAAAAGGAUGAUCUGUAACGUCUAAACGCUCACCUUCAAGUCGAGCAGAUUCCAAACUGACUGAAAUUUUAUUUAACCUACAACAUUUAAGCUUUAAUCAGUAGGCAGUGUCAGAGGACAAGAUUAGCCAGAAGUAGAGGAAUAAACGUAUUUAAUUGCUCUGAUUGGAACACGCCCACUUUGACAGUCAGUUUUCAAUGUUAUGGCAAAUAUUUAAUAUUUAAGAUGUUAUUUUAAUAUUAAUGAGGAAAUAUUUUCCUCAUAAAAGCGUCUGCUAAAUGAAUAAAUGUAACUGUUCAGCUUUUGCUGCAAGAGGCCACUGGACACAGUGAUGAGGAGAAAGUCAGAGAGGGUAUGUUCAAUACUGGGUGUAAAGGGGUUAUAUGAUGAUUAAACAUUGUUAAAAGUGAAUUAUUUUGUUUGUUGGGUGUAAUAGAAUAGGUUAACAUGCUUUUAUGCUUAAAAAACACAUUAUUUUUCACAUGCUAUACAUUAUUGCAGUACUUCUAUUCCCGGCCUGCCUGAAACACUCUGAGUAGGUUCCGGUUACUCCAAAGCUCUAAUGUUUGAUAAGUUUAUAUCAAGUAACGGCAAUCCGCUACCUCUUCUCUGUAGCCUUUUGAGUACUUCUCCUCUUGAGCCGCUUUUCCUCCCUUUCCCUUUAGUCUGUUUGAGGUUUAGGUCGACCGAUAGGCUCUUUGGGACAUUUUUUAAGAGUGUUGAGUCUGUGCUUGGUGAUUAAAGCAAGUGGGCACAAGUCCAGCAGUAGCCUCUGUGAAUAAACCAGGUUUUUCGGUGGUUAAUACAUGUUCCAGUCAGCGGUUUGCAGACAGCCACGAUUGGGUGUGAAAUAACCACCAGAAGUCACAGAGUUGUCCAAAAGUUAGCCAUCGAGUUUCUAAAUAAGAAAAGCUAAAUACACUUUCUACAAAAUGUAACCUAAAACUCUUUAAUUAAAGACUUAAAUGCGACAACACACACACACACACACACACACACACAGAGCCUGUGUCACGAGUCGCACAUGCAGCGCUGCGCCCUGGAGGUGAAUUUUAUAAGUAAAAUUCCCCACAGCUGAAUAUCAAAACUUUAGCUAGCACAUUAGCAGAGGUCUCCAGCUGAGCCCUGGGCCACAACACAAAUCUCCACGUUUGAACAGUCAAUAGCAGAUUCUUCAGAAAAUAAUCUCACACUUCCAGGUUCUGAUUCAGAAGCGCAAGAUUGUGCGAGCAAAGUGAAAAUUUUUUCAGGAGUAGCCUUCGUGAACAGCCUGCGUUGUACUCUCCCAGGUUCAGGAGGCCGUCCUCCGUAAAAUGCGCUGCACACAAGCAAACGUUUGGGUUGUACUGCUCAGGAACAGCGUUCUAAAUCAAUUAUAACCACCGAUUCCUAAUUUUGUCUGUUUUCAUAAGGCCAGACAAAGGGGUAUCGAAACACACAGCGUCUCCACGGCAUGACGCCAAACAAUUCACUGAAGUCUCGCCUUCUUUCUUCGUGCCUGCCUUUGAGCGGGAUUAUGCUAAUAUUUCAAACAGUGACGCAGAUGUUUGCGGAAGUAAUAUCUGGACUUCAAUCAAGGCGUUUUAGGCGGGUCUGGAGCAGUGCUCUCUGUUAGACAGAAUAAAUCCCUUUGUGAUGAUGAGCUUUGUAACGUUGCAGAUCUUAUACAUGCACACAAAGAUAGAUUACACACUAAAUAAAAAGGAAAACAUUCAACAGCAUCAAAUGACCCCUUUAAUGCAUCAGUGUGUCAUAGUAAAGAAUAAUUCUUAUAUAGAAGAUUGUAACAGAACCUGUAAAUACACGGUGUGUACUUUGGACAGUCAUAUAUAAUGCACUUGACACUUUUACUUUAAUUUUCUUCUUCCAAAUCUAGUUAUAAAUAUAUACUCAUUUCUUGUUUUGUUUCCAUUUCUGUACCUAAAGGCAUUAAUAAUAUAAAUUAAUAUCAUCAAUAAACAAUUUUGAAUAUAAACCUCUUGUAACUAUUUUGUAGUCAGAAUUAA